UAACGAUUUCAUCUUAUUGACGGGUGAUUUUUAAAAGGGCGUGGAUGACCUAGGUUUUUGCAUCUUGUUUUUUGUAUUUCGGUUUCGACGUAGUUAGGCUGACGAAGUUUGCUAAAAAUAUGAAGGUAACUCUCGUUUGACUCACUGUGCAAGUUCAGCAAAUCAGGGAUAUACACCUCUUGAAACCUGUUCUUUGCUUUGGACUCGAAUGCAUCUAUAUAUUGGUUAAAUCAUGAAUUAUGAAAAUACCCCAAAAUAUGAAGAUCAAUGGGCAAACUUUAUACAGUCAUUAGACGUUGACCCUGAUAAAGCCAAGGGUAUUGAACAGCUGCCCGAUGAUCAGAAACGUCAAUUAUUGGAAAAUUAUGCUGUAAAAAAUCCAAAGUUUUCCGCUUUUCAUUAUGUUAGCCUGAUUAAAGGCUUGCGUGUCGGGCGGUCAACAUUGACAAAGAAUCCACGUAAAGGUGAUGCACAGCAAGCGAAAGAAAUUCUCUUAGCUACAGAAAUAUCAUUGCGAACAAACAAUGUAGCUUGGGUUUAUGAUUUUCUCGAUCAAGAGGGUUUGGAAGCAUUAGUGAAUUAUGUAUCUAGAGUAAUACACAUGGUUAUGAGAACUGAUUUCCGCCCUACCGUGGAUGCCAUUCAGCAACAACGUUCUGCUCUUCUAGGUUCAUUUAGCUCGGAUCAAGCAGUUUCUAUAACUGAUCUGUGCGAUAAUAUUAAUGAAAGUGAUAAAGUUGGAUCUGGUUUAUGGUGCUCUAGUUUAAGGAAGAAAAAACAUGAUCGCAUUUCUUUUUCGCCUAUUCAUGUCCGACAUAUAUCUGAUUCAAUCAGGGAUAGUCUUCAUCAAGGUGUCAGAUGCUUUCGUGCAUUACUUAAUAAUCAGCGUGGUUGUUCAAUGGUAUUUGAGCAUCCUCAUGCCGUGAAUGUGAUUGCUCUGUGUCUCCUGCAUCCAAGUUACCAAACAAAAACCUUAGUACUUGAACUUUUAACAGUUGUCUGCUUAAUCACUGGUGGACAUGAACGUGUAUUAAAUGCAUUUGAUAAUUUUAAAAAAGAAGUUGGGGAGUCUACACGUUUUGAAUAUUUAAUACAUUAUUUUUUCACACAUGAAUCUGAAUCUCCAGAUUAUAAUAUGGAUUUUAUGGUAUCGUGUAUGCAAUUUUUCAAUAUAGUUGUACAUUCAACAGAUGAUAUAAUGUUAAGAGUAUAUUUACAAGAAGAAUUUAAACAUCUUGGAUUAGUUAAUUAUUUAUCGAGAAUAUACAAUCAAUCCGGUGAUCGUCUUCUACGUCAAAUAGAAGCAUAUAAUGAUAAUGAAGUGGAUGUUGCAGUAUUAUUAGAAGAUUCACAAAUGCGUGAUGUGUUACAACAAGAGAAAGAACAAGCAGAAUCAGAUCUGAUCAUUUUACAAACUCGUACAGCAACAAUCCAAGCAGAAUAUGAAAAUAAAUUAUUGGAGCUUCAACAGAAAAUACAAGCUUUGGAAAUAAAAAAUCAAGAUUUAGAGAAUCAGCGCACUAAUCAAGAUGGUCAACUGUCUACACUACGUGCUCAAUUAUUGGAUAAAGAUAAAAGCACAACAGAACGUGAGCGUAAUUUGCAACAACGACUACGUGAGCUAGAAGAUACUUUGAAUACAGUUAAAAAUUCACAGUCGAAAUCACAAAUACAAGUGAAUGGCAUAGUUGGUAACUCUACCGAAUCGAUAAACACAACAACUGGUGUUAUUACUGCUGCUGCUAGUGCUCCACCACCACCUCCUCCCCCUCCGCCACCACCCCCGCCACCCCCACCACCAUCUGCAGGUGGUAUACCACCACCACCUCCUCCUCCUCCACCGGGAAUGGGUGCAAUGGUGCCUGGUGCAGAAGGUGUUUCCAUACGACCGCCCAUACAAACUCGAUACAAAUUACCAUUAGUUAAUUGGGUCCUGUUGAAAAAUCAACAACUUCGUGGUACAAUAUUUGUUGGCAUGAAUGAUGAAGCUGUUUUGGAUGCAUUGGAUACUGAAAGAUUUGAAAAUCUUUUCAAAUUGUCUAAUCAGUCAGUGAAUAAUAGUAAUAAAUCGGGUGUAAAUAAUCUGAUCAAUGGAUUAGAUCAGAAAGACAGUCGAAUAAGUAAAAAAGUUGAGAAAAAAUCUUUAAUGGAUUCAAAUAGACAUCGUUGUAUUGGCGUUUUAUUACGUUAUUUGGAAUCUGAAAAAUAUACACCAGAACGUUUAUGGAAUGAUAUUAAUCGUUUAGAACUAGGUCAAGAUGUAACAGAUCGUAUAUAUCAUCAAUUGCCAACAGCUGAUGAAGUGAAAACUUAUUUAAAUUAUGAAUUCACUGAACAACGAUCUAUUGAUGAUUUAACGGAUGAAGAUCGUCUUUUACUACAUUUAUGCAAAGUUGAACGUUUAGGACCUAGAUUAGAAAUUAUUUUAUUCAUGAAUUCAUUUGAAGAUAAUUUGAAUGUAGUGAAUUCGAAAAUUAUUGCUGUAAGAUCAGCUUCGUUAGCAUUGAAGAACAGUUGUAAAUUUAGAGCUAUCUUAGAAAUUAUAUUAGCUUUUGGCAAUUAUAUGAAUAGUUCCAGACGUGGUAUUGCCUACGGUUUUCGUUUACAGAGUUUAGAUGCUUUAUCCGACACACGGACUUUGGAUAAAUCAUGGACUCUGCUUCACUUCAUAGUUGAAACAAUUGAAACCCAAUUUCCUGCCCUAGUUAAUUUUGACGAUGAAUUGACUGGUGUUGUAGAAGCCGCAAAGGUUCCAACAGAAGCUUUAACAAAUGAUGUAGCAGCAUUAGUUUCUGGUAUGUCACAAGCUGAUAAAGAGACAAUUAUUUUUGGUUCAUUGAAAACACCACAACGUUUAUCAGAUUUUGUAUUGAAUAAUAAAUCUAAAGUGGAAUCUAUUGAAAAACAAGCAGAAACUGCACGUAAUAUGUUUGCUAGAACAAUUGAAUGGUUUGGUGAAGCGCAAAUUAAACCUAGUCCAGAACAAUUUUUCAGUUUAAUUGUUCGAUUUAUUAAAAAUUUCAAAAAUGCAAUAGUCGACAACGAAGCACGACGUCGUGUUGAAGCCCUUCAAAGUUUAAAUUCUAUAACCGGUGAUGAUAAUGGCCCAUUAUCAUCAAUCAAUCAAAUUUCAAUCAACCAUAUUCCAAAAAGACCAAAAGAUGAUGUUCCUGUUUCGGAAUUACAGAAGCGCUUGGCACAAGAAGCUCGGUUGGCUAAACGACGAUUUAAAAAUCGUACUAGACAGAUUACAGGCGAUGGAAUGAUGGACGAAAUUCUAGCAGAAUAUGCCAAAUCAAAUGGAGAAUUUAUGGUCACGGUUCAUUCAUCGUCCGCUUAUAAUGUAAUCAAAUCACGGGCCUAGAUUAAAAUUGUCAUUAAACGUGGAUAAAUAAUAAUAAUAAUAAAUCAUGUGUCACCCAACUUCACAGUCAGAAAUGUUACCAAUGAGCUGUUCGGGCCACGACUGACCUCUUGUGAGACAGAGAUGUAUGUAAAAUUGGUUGAUCAUUGAGUAACUCAUGAAUUAUAAACUAAUCGAUUCAAAAUAAUAUUACUUACAAUCGUAGUUUAGAAGUAAACAUGACAAUUCAGUUUGAAAGGGAUUAAUAAAAUAUAAUGUUAAACUUUCCAGCUAUUAACUUAUAAAUAGUGGAUGUAUCUGCACUACUGUAAUCGAUCUUUAUCCAUAUCAGCUUGAUCAUUUGUAUGAGGGAGGGUUGAAGUACACUUAUUUUUGUUUAAUAACUAACCAUCUCGUUCAUGAUUUAUGAAAAAUUUAAUUAGUAUUAUAUCUCCUUUUAUUAUUGUUAAAAUCGUUAAAUAAUCUUAAGUAUCUUUAAACUGAGCACGUACAUGUUUUCUUUAAAUACUACUAUAUAUUAUUCCGCUUAAAACUCAAUCUGAUGAUAAUUCAUUCGCAAUCCUCCUCCGUAAGUUUCUUUUUCAUCUUCGACUAUUAUUGUUGCUUCAGUAUGGGAUUGUAAAGAUUGGUAAGUUUUUGAUUGAAAUCAUGAAUCGAUCGAUGAUGUUAGACCGCUAUUGAAAACUUGGAAGCACUGGACGGUCACUUUAUCCUAGUAUGGGACUCUUCAACAAUGUAUAUUAACCUUAUGAUUUUAUCAAUUUCAGUUAAUUUUCCAUUUUAUAUAAAUUGAAUCAUUCAACUAAUGAUAAUCAUUUUUCUUUCAAAUAAUAAACACUUUAUUUGUAUUUUUGUACAUUUUAUAAAUUUAUACAUAUAUAUAUUUAAAAAUGAUAAAUUGUUUAUUUGAUUUCAUAGGUCUAAUAUCGGAACCAUUGCAAGCUGAGGUUCAUCCACAUCGUAAUCGUUUAUCUGAAAAUAAUAAUAAUUGAAAAGUUUUCUUUCUAAUUUCUGUUCAUAAUUCAAACAAUUGUCCGCACACUCACAUACUACACACCUAUUAGCUUGUUGUGUACGCCCAAAUCAAUCAGUUAACUUGUCUUUUUGCUUGUUCAUUACAUUUUGAUUUGUUUGUUUUUUUCUCCUUCUUUAUAAUUCACAUUAGUUUGUUCAUUGUGACUUGGUGUUUGUUAUUGUUUGUGAUGACUAGUCAACUGAUAGAUCUACAUACAUAUGUGUAAUCUUCUGUUUUGAUUGUGCUUCAAUUAAUUUAUAUAUUAAAUAUUAAGAUCUUAUUUAAAUGAUCAUUAUCAUUUUCUUCUCUGUAUCCAGUUCAUUUAAUUCACCAUUGAUUUGUUGUUUACAAGUUGGACAGAUUGACACAUUGAAACAUAUUGUUUUGUAAUAUUCGUUUGAAGUACAGUGUUUUUUUUUCUUAAAUUAGUCAUUUCAAACCUGUUUUUUUAAGAAAAAUCUAGCUGGUCUGCAUCAAUACUUUUGUUUUGCUCUAUUAUGUUCGAAUGUAUUGUUGUCGUUAUUAAUUAGUGUUAUGUGUUGUUGUUGUUGUUGUUGUUUUAGUUUUAUUUUAUGAUAUUCGAAUGUUUGUUUUGUGUUUGUAUUAUCAUUAUAACACAAAUUCCUCUUCUUUUUAAGUUGCCUUUUUAUUCAUUUACUUGGUAAAGCUCGUUGUUAUUGCCUUCUUUUGUCAUAUUUCUCUACUGAUCAUUAUCUACAGUUUAUUCUACUUAAAUAUUAUGACUAAUGAUAGCUUCUUUAUCUUUGAAGGAGAAAAAACAUUCUUUUCUGUUCAAUUUUAAAUCUAGUCACAUUUUUAAAUGGUUAUAUGAUAAACUACAUGUCUCUUCAUUUCUAUCUUACUCCUUAUUUGUUUACUGCCUUACUUUUCUUCUUGACUUCAAAAAGGUUUUUUAUACUUAGGAAGAGAAAAAAAUAAAUGAUGAUCUCCCGGUUAACCAAAUUUCUGGCUUUUUUUAAUUAUUAAAACAAAACCUUUCCAAAUGAACAUAUAUAUAUAUAUAUAUAUAUAUAUAUAUAUAUAUAUAUAUAUAUAUAUAUAUAUAUAUAAUAUCUGUAUAAUAAUUACAAAUAGUAUUUUUACACUGAGUUCAAGUAUACUAUUCUUUUUCUUUACUUACCCAAUUAAUAUUCUUUUUUAUCUAAUUUAGUCAGUUGUAUUCUAUAUUGUUGUAGUUGUUGCAAUCAUAUUGCCUGUUGUAUGUUUUGUUAAAGUUGACAUGUAUGUGUACACAUAUUUAUUAAUUCAUUGAAAUAACAAUGAAAUAUUCUUUUAUUGUAUUAUGAUUUUCGAAUUAUAAUGCUCUUUUGUAUAUCUUUUUCUUUACUUACUUUUUGGUAAAUUUACUUAUAGAGUGUGUUAAUCAGGGGGGUUUUAUUUACAAAAUGAAUUGAUACACUUACAUUCUCUUCUUCAGAACUGAAAUACAUUGGUCGUCUACAAAAAGUUAACUCUUUUUUUUUCUUGUAUAAGUUAUUUCACAUUAAUCUUUCAUAAUUAUUUGUUACUUAUAACUGCCUAUGGAUGUUGAUGUAUUUUCGCUUUGAUUUAUUGAUGAUUGCAUAAUUGUGACAAUAAUGAACAGUAAGAAAAUGGUUAUACUGUUAUUGUUGUAAAUUCACUCGACAUAGUACUAUGUGUUUUGUCGAAAUAUUUUAUUCAUUUUUUUAUACCAGGAAUAUUCCUCAUUUUGUAAUUGAACUUUGUAUUGAAACUAUUGCUUACGUUCAUCUUGGUUUACUGUUUAAAUUUUUUUAAAAUUUCCUUACUAUCCGUUUAUAAAUCUGUAUAAAAUAUUUACGUGUUAAUUUUGGGUUAUAAUUUAUAUAUAUAUAUAUGAUAUCGUAUCAGGUUUUUGUCUUAUCCAGCUGAUCGGAGCUAUUACAUUCUUCGGAUAAGGAGUCAUUACAUAUUAUUCAUUCUAUUCUAAGAGAGAAUUCUGUUAUAUAUUUUAAACUGUACACAGUUAAUGACAUGAUCAUUUUCCUUGUGUACUCAAGGGUAAGUUUGUACUUUUGCUAUAAUCCUUCAGAAUUCAAUGAUUUAACCAGUGAUCUACAACCCAUAAAACGACUUUUUUUAAUACCAAGUAUUGAAAAACUAAAGAAUUAGUAGUAUAUUUUAGUAAUUAAUAAAAAUUAUAUUUGUCUA